UUUUAUGAAGCAAACUCCUUCACAUUUUAGUUAUAUAGUUAUUACAGGAUUUGACAUGCUUUAACAAUAAUGAUUGGUUAGAAUCCUUUUUGUUUAUCCUUGUUACCUUGUGAGAGCAUUGGAUUCAAUAUAAAAAGCUUUUGUUUCUAUAAGUAAGCAUAUGAGUUGAAGGGAGCAUCGUGAACCAGAAAGACACCUAAAAACCAAAUUAUGAAUAUCUUACCUUGGACUGGAUGUCUGCUGAUAGCCGUGUUACUUAUUCAACCUAGUUACAUAUGCUGUGCAGGUCUUGGUUCAACCUGCAAGGUUGCAGCAAAUUGUUCAAGUGUAGCAAAUGCUAUAUGUAAAUCAUCGACAUGCCAGUGCGAUGCUCUUUUUAAAACCGACAAGCAAACAUGCGUUCUGAAUGGUAUAAAUGAUACUUGCACUGAUAACACAAACUGUUCGAGUGCAAAUCAUUUAACAUGUGAUACACUGAAAUGUCAAUGUGCACACGGAUAUAAACCAAAGGCUGGGGCAUGUAUUCCGAAAGCGGUUAAUGAUACUUGUAAAGAUGCCACAGAUUGUUUAAGCAAGAAUCAUUUAACAUGCGCUACAACAAAAUGUCAAUGUGAUACAGGAUACAAACCAAACAGCGGGGCUUGUAUUGAAAAAGUGAUUGGCAAAAAAUGUACAGAUGCAACUGUAUCAACUGAUUGCACACUAGAAAAUUCCGUGUGUACUUCAUCCCAAUGCGCGUGUAAACAAGGCUUCAAGGACAAUGCUGACACAUGUUUGAAAAUCAUCGGAGGUCACUGUACAGGAAGCUCUGCAUGUGAUGGUGACACUCAUUCAGUCUGCAAGAACACUUUAUGCGAAUGUGCUGAGCACUUUGGUGAAAAAGACAACGUGUGUACUGCAACCUUAGACAGCAAACAAUGCACGCCACCAAAAGGUACGGAGUGUGGCGAUAAUGCUGAAUGUGACGAGAAGACAAAUACAUGUCGAUGUAGUUCUGGUUUCAAGAUGAACGUUGACACUUGUGUGGCAGAAAAUGGAGGUAUGACGACAUCCCUGACAUUUGCCAUACUUGCAAUUCCUGGAUUGCUCGCCCUGAGGGAGGCAUAUGGGCAGUUUAUGUAAGAGUGUCAAAUAUUUGCUACUUAUUAAAAGGUAUAUGGAGUGUUUGACCCAUUUGUAACCGAAGUGACAUUUCGAACCUUCAUGGAUCACAUGCGUUGUUUCCGUUUUGUCUCAAAUGUGUUUUCUUCUUUGCUUUAUCUUGAGAGACAACUUUUAUUCAUAUGUUGCGUAGCACAGACCUUCAUUUUGAAUCCGAAUUUUAUAGUGCACUAAAUCCUUGUUUAUAUCUUUUUCUUGAUAUUAUUUUACAACUCUAAUGUUUAAAUUAUCAAACACACAACAUACAAUUUUAAAGUGAAACAUUAUACGAAUUCGCCAGCAUAUUUUCUUGUCAAAUCUAGGAUUUCCUGUGUUGGAUGAAGCAUUUACAACAUCUUUACUUAUGAAAAUACAAGAGAUAUGAUAAGAUUUGACAAAAGUUGUCUGAAUGACAUGCAUAUAUUACACAGAAAUAAAAUUUACGAAGUGAA